GGUUAUGUUUAUUUUUAUUUGAGUGAUCUUUGUGCUCUUUUGUAGUUUAUUACAAGUCUUUAAAGUGUUAUAUAGAGUAAAUAUACUUAUUAACGAUGCCUGCAACGGCGCCUCCAGGACCAAGCACCGAAGCUCCACCGAAAAAACGAGUCAAAGAUACGAAAAACUGCGGUUUAUUGAAAUGCUUUUCUGCCUUAGUAGAUAGAAAACAAGUCAAUUUAGAAUUAGAUGUUUUAAUAUUAAUGCUUAAGAAGGAAUUACACAUUAAAGUAGACAGUCUCGACCCCCAACUAUCCGCUAUUUUACCGUACAUUUUGGUGUUUUAUAUAAAGAACUGGCCAGGAUGGCAGAGAAGUGUUGAAUACUAUUCAGGAAAAAUGGCUUUUAAAGUUUGGUACGAAAAGUUCUAUAAGUUUAUUACAAUAAAAUUGAACGAAACGAUCAAUAUUCAUUAUAAAGAAGCUAAAGAGGGGAUAGACAAGACGAAAUCUGAAGAAGUGAAGAAAAAUUACUUACUGAAAAAAAUAACUUGUAAAAAUACGCAGACCGAUUAUUCAGCACCGAAAGUUUUGUCACCUUUUUCGAUUAAAAUAACAGCGAAACCGGUUUUGUUGAACACGUUGGUUUUUACUGAUAAUCAAGCAGGGGACAUUGUUUUAAAACAACAUAGCAUAUUGGAGUGGGAUAAGAAUGUAGUUGAUAGCAUUACCUUACAACAGAUAAUAACAUGGCCUCAUGUGGGAGUACAUAUGUAUUCACCAGUGUUAGCCUUCUCGAGAAGAAACCUGCAUGAGUUCACGAGACAUAUCAGUUUUGUUGGUACAUCUUUACCGACAACUUACAGCUCAUUUAUAGAAGAAAUCAAGAUUAUUAAUCAAGGAGUGCCAAGGACUUGUUAUACGGUUGAUUACUUGAAGGCUUUGUCCAAAGAAUUUAUGGAUGCUAUUGGACAUAUUUAUAAAAAACCUGCUGUGAAAGAAGCUUUUCAAACAGUUAUCGAUGAACUGUUGGCUGAUGUGGCCGAAAUAAAUGUUCUUAAAGGGAAUAAGGCAACAAUUGCUUCAAACACUUCUGUCCUAUUUAAUAUUGGUAGGAAUACAUAUUUCAGGAAUAAAAAGUUAUCUAGAGGAACUCCGUCAAGAGACGACAUCAGUUUCACCGAAGUAAUCAUGCCCAAGAUGGAGACCAGCCUGGUUAACGUGUCCCAAAUCGAUACUUUCCGAGAAUAUAUCGAAAAAUUAAAGAAAUUCGACGGCCCGAAGCCCAACUUGCCCGACCAUCACUUGCCGUCCAUCACUUUUAGCUGCAGUUACUGCAAGGAGAAUUUCGAACACGGCGGCGCUCUGGCCAAACAUCUCAAAGAGGAACACAAGAUGGAGCAGGCCGUUUUGUGUACGACCUGUAAAGAGUCCUAUCCUGUGUUUCAACUGACUCGCAAUAGAUGGGGCCACAAAUGUAGAGCUAAAAAUUAGGCACUCACAAAGGGAAGGCGCCAAUAAGGAUUAUAAUAUUUCGCUGUUUCUACAUAAUCACUCUGUGGGCAAUAAUAGAAAAUAGUUAUACCAUAAAUAUUAUGCUUUGAUAUAAAUCAUGUUAUAACAGUAUAUUAUUAUAAUACAAUUUUUAUACUAAGAUUUUUGUAAAUUUGAUAUUAUAAAAUAGGAGUUUUAUUGCAACUUUUAUAUUAGUUGCUCUUUUUAUAAACGUUUAACAAAAAAGUUAAGUUUGAAUGGUUUUGGAAUAUUUGAUUUUCUAUGUUAAAUUUUAUGAUUUGAUGCCAAAAUAGGUAGAUGAUAAUAACUUUUAUGUUAGGUUUAGAUGUUAGUUAUUUUUUACUUUAAAAGCACAUAUAUCUCAAUAUAUUUUUGUUAAAUUGACUUUUAGCAGUUUUUAAGGUACUCUAUAAUUUUUUAAAAUAUUUUACAAUAUUGUGGUUUAGUUCAUUUUGUGUUAUUUACUAGCUUCGGAUAUAAGAAAGAUCUGAUGUAGUAUCAUAAAUCUAUAUAAAUAAGAAUUUUUAUCUAAUAAAAUUGUGGUUUUAUUUAUAUUUAUACUAUACAGGGUGGCG